AUGUGUCUCCUUAUUGGUUUUAUCAUCAUUCUUUACGUCUCCUAUCGUUUAUAUCAACAUUUCUAUCCAACACCAAACAUCAGUCCCAAUGGUAAAUACAUUUUAAUAUCGGGAUGUGACACUGGGUUCGGUCAUGGACUAGCUAUUGAACUUGAUAGGCAAGGUUUUAAUGUUCUGGCUGGUGUAUUUUCUCCUGAUAACAUCAGUUCUCUCCAAAAGGAACUUUCAUCGCGAGCUACUGUCUUUCGACUUGAUAUUACUAAACAAGAUGAUAUUGAUGCUGCAUUUGAAUUAGUCAAAGAAAAAACUCAAGUUCUUCAUGGGCUUGUUAACAAUGCAGGGAUUGCUGUUAUUUCUUACAUUGAUUGGACAUCAAUGGAAUCUUAUCGUCAAAUAAUGGAUGUAAACUUCUUUGGACAUGUUGGAAUGACAAAGAAAUUCUUACCAUUACUUAUUGCUAAACGUGAUUCACGUGUUGUCAAUAUUUGUUCUGCUGCUGGUUACAUUGCAACACCAGCUAUGUCUGCUUAUAGUGCAUCGAAAUAUGCACUUGAAUCAUUUUCUGAUUGUCUUCGUCGAGAAAUGGUUCCAUGGGGUUUACGUGUUAGUAUUAUUGAGCCCGGUUUUAUGCGAACACCAAUGCUUCAAGAUGAUGGAAAAUCAUUUUCAAGAAUUUGGGAUAAUCUUUCUAGGGAUGCUAAAGAUCGAUGGGGAGAAGAAUUUGUUAAAGCCAAAUUAAAUUUUGUUAUCAAUGGUUCACUGGUAAAAAAAGCUGAAGAUCCUAUGAAAGUUGUACGUGCUCUCCAACAUGCUAUUAUGAGUUCAACUCCUCAUAUACGUUAUCGACCUGGAAUUCAAUCAGCAUAUGUAUCUUUUCCGAUGUCCACAUUACCGGCUUGGCUUACUGAUUGGAUUUUGCGUAAAUUACGGGGGUCGAAUCAUAUUCCUGUAGGCAUUAGUAAACAACAUCACGAUUAG